AUGUCGACAAUGUUGACGGCACCUCCCAAGCCGGCUAGAGUGGAAGAGUUGUCUACAGAUGAAGAUGGCGAUGACAAAGAAUGCCAUGUCUUCUCCGUGUUGGAGGGGCUCUAUCCUCUGAAUGAUUCCAAGUCCACACCAAGUGGAGGGAAGUGGUAUGUCCGAGCAGCGACAUUCACAUUCCAGAUUUCAUGCAAAUUCGCCAUUGACAAUGCGAACGUCAACACCAUGCUACCUGAUAGCAAGACGACAGAUCCACCGGAGCAUACAGACAAGGUGGAGGGAACGGCCGUGGACAUUUUCGCAAGACCCAUGGGAGACAAUGCAGGAAAAGUGGCAUCCUCCCUGAAUGUGUACAUCACACCGGUCACACCACCUUCAAACCUGCUGAUGGAGGUUGAAGAAGAAGGGGAUCCGAUCACGACCCCUAUAUGGCAGCACAAUUCAGCAGUGUGUAAAAACUUACCUGCGGCGUUAUGGGGACCUUGUAACGACAGCCUGCUGAACAGCGCGAAAGAAAAGACCCGCUACCUCAUGUGCGGCGUCUCGAUCAGCAAACCCGACCCCCAAGUCUCUACGGGCGACAAAAUGCCACCAUUCAAGUUCCAACUGGCCCAAGUCGAAGACGUCGGCACGCAUUUCCAAUUCAAGGAAUUCGACCCUGACCCAGAGAGCUUUCUGCCCCUGGAACCAGACGACAGCAUGGGCGGGAAUCAAUGGGAUCUGGUGUCAAAGGCAUGGAAUCAUCCACGUACGGGCGACACCGUGGCCGACCUCGCUGUGCAGGCGUGGACUGAUGAUAUCGGACUGACUCUCUUGGGGUGGGACCCCAAGAAGAUGGCCGUCUCUGCUACCGGAGACAAUCGUAUGACAGGGGCGAAACCGCAGGGUCUGUUGGAUGAUAUUGGUGACUAUUUCCUCUGGGCACCGAUGUUGUCGGUUCCGCUUCUCAUGAAAGUGUGA